UCAGUUGGUUUAAAAAUUUAAAUGCUGUACGCUUUUGUUAUAUAGAUUUUGUUGUGAAUUCUUUUAGACGACUGAAAAAGACUAUGUGACUAUAAAUUAGCACUAUUGUGCCCUAAAAACUAUUGUGGUGUGUAUUAGAUAUUUAAGGAAUUUGAAGAUAUGUAUUUUCAAAUUGAUAAUACUCCAGAACGUAUUAAAAAGUCAAGGAAAAAUGAAAACAUCAAAAAAAGUCCGCCGAAAGAGGAAUGUCCCCGACUAGUUUUGGCUCCAUUUUCUCGGCCCCCUCAAGUGGUUUUCGAAAAUGUCCUCAUCGGGACGUCCUGUGAGAGGUGUUUGGAAAUAGUCAACCCACUGAAACAAAUUCAACAGUUAAUACUUGGCCGUUCUCUACCACAAGGCCUUAUAAUAGAUUUGCCCGAUGAUGGUUUGUUCUUGGAACCUGAGACAUGCUACUGUCUCACUAUGGUGUGGACUCCAUUGCAGCCCACUGCUCUUAGGGAAACCAUUAGAUUUACUAAUGAGAACAGGGGCAGGUUUGAUGUCCUUGUGGUACUCAAGUCUGUUAUGAACAUUAAAGGGAAGGGUUCAACAAAAACAUCGAAAAUAUCGCCAGGUAAGAUAAAAAAGAAAGCUGUAAAAAAAUCUCCAGUGUUUGUAACUAAGAAGAGAGUUGAAGCUAUUUACAAAACACAAAGAAAAGUGGACACCACAGUUAAUGUGGUACAAUCGAUUCAACAUCGGACUUAUGAAAUAUGUGACAAGGAAAAUAUUUCAAAUGACGAAAAUUGUAAUGACCCAUACGUCAGCAGGUGCCCGUUAGAAUUUUCCCCGGACAGUGAUUUAAAAUUUGACUUAACGGAAAUAUUCGGUAAUGCACGUAAGCCUCGUAAAGAAAACCUAGCAAACAACACUAAAUUAUAUGAUUCUCAGUACGGCAACGAGUUUGACUCCCCAAUGCAAAGAAAUAUUUUAAAACCAUCAAACAGACAAGACCUUAAAACAUUUGCAACAGAUAUCUUUGAUAACUUUACUUUUACACCCUUAAAAACAAUGCAAUCCAAAAAUGUUACGUUAGAUAAAGGUCCUAAAAUAAUACUAAGUGUUAAUUCUGAUAGUGAAUUCAAUGACAGUCUUGACAUUAAAUAUCCUGACAAAGAAAAUGACACUCGAUCAAUAAUAUGUAUGACAUCAACUCAGCCAACAAACAAAUGGCUAACUGUAGACCAAUCAGCACACGAGAACGAAGAAUUAGAAUCGCCGACGAAGAGUAAGAAAAUACCAAAUACGUCGUCGCCUAAAGAAAUAACAAGUCUAAAUUUUUCUAUAAACACUGAAAUCUCACGCAUCAGCGACUUGUCCUUUUUCCCUCAGAGAUUUUCAACUGAAAGAAAAGUACUACCAAAAAUUAAUAACGAAACCCAAGAAUUAAUCAACGAUACAAACCAAAACAUGAGGCUUAAUUCUGAUACAUAUACAAAGGAAUCUCCAAAUACAUUCUUGGAAUAUCCACAAAUGAAUUCCGAACCGAGAUAUGAGCCUUUCAGUAUUAGAGACCCGAAAUUAUGCAGACAAGCUUUGUUUAAAGAGAAUCAGUUUAGAGAAAGUUAUGAUAGGAGGAAUGGAAACUUUUUUGAACAAAAUAGAUACAGUGAUUUGAGAUUAGACAGAUCUCCACCACGAUCUCUUACUCCUCCUCUGCAAUCGAUACCAGAAGAGAGUGGUAUAGCUUUCCAUUCGCAGUCAUUUAAUAAAACAGAUAAUCAGAUGACAACAUUUACCAUUAACCGUACUUUCGAUAAAAGCGGCGUAUCAGGGCUUUCGAAACAAACAUGGUCCAAAAAAUCUGUCCAUUGUGAACCAGAAUUAUGGAAAGUUCCAAUUCCCAUAGUCAAAAAAGCUGCAAAAACGAAAAUUAAAACUGAUAUCGAUGAAAGCAGAACAUCAAGUAAACUAUCAAAUACACGAUCAGAGGCGAAUAAAAGUAUAAAUCAAAAUAUUUCCUUAAAUCAGGUCGGAAACGUUUACUCUCAAUCCUUCACAGUUGAUCCAUUUUCGUCCUCCACUUACUUCUAUGACGUGGAAGCCGUAGAAAAGAUCGAACAAGAGUUUAAAAGAUGGUUAAACUAUAUUUUGACUCCGCCGGCAGAUCUCGAUAGUAAUGUUGAGCAAAAAAUUGAUUUCGGCAAAGCAUGGAUUGAAAAUAGAAACAAAGAAAUCCCCGUCGCUCCAACAAAAGAACAAGUCAGCAGCACCUAUCACAAUAGUCACAGAUUGAUAAGUCUACGACGAUCCGCACGAACAUUAUUGUUGAGUCCAGAAAUAUCCCAAGUGUUUGUGAAAUUAAAUUUACAAAUCGAUAAAAAGUUAAUAGCUAUCAGAAACGACCGCAAUCUCCAUUUAGAUGUAGGACUACAGAAAAUAAUCAUGGAAUUGAUAUUAUCUUACAAUCCGUUGUGGCUUCGAAUCGGUCUGGAAGCUAUUUACGGAUUCGUGAUACAGCUGAAAUCAAAUAAUGACAUUGAAGGCCUGACCACUUUUAUUAUUCAGAGAAUGUUCAAAAAUCCACUUCUUAAAAAUAAACAUUCAAAAUCGAGCGCUCCAAACAUGCUUUUGCCUGCAUACAUGGAAGCUAUUAAAAAGUUUACACUCAAGAAAUUCUUCAUGUUGGUGUUCUUCCUUGAUCAAGCUAAGCAGAAAAAAUUAAUCCCGCACGAUCCUUGUCUAUUCCGUAGAAACGCUGUGUGCAAAGAUAGUAGAGAAAUCUUAAUCCGUUUCACGAGGGAGCUGAUUGCUGGUAUUGGUGAUAUCACAAAACAUUUACGGCCUCUCGGUUACGUUGUGUGUCAUAAACAAUCCUACUUAGAUGAAUAUAAAUACGCUGUUCACAACAUCGCUUUGGAUAUUCGUGACGGAGUGAGAUUAACUAAAGUCAUGGAAGUAAUACUUAUAAAAAAUGGCUUAUUAAAUCAGUUACGAACUCCUCCGAUAUCGCGCUUGCAAAAAAUACACAACGUCCAAGUAGCUCUGAACGCAUUGAAAGAAGCUAAUUUUGUAAUUGUUGGAGAUAUUAAGGCUACAGAUAUUGCCGAUGGGCACAGAGAGAAAACACUAUCGUUACUGUGGCAGCUGAUACACGUGUUCCGUGCUCCAUUGUUCAUGAAAGCGGCAAAUAUCAUACAGACUUGGUGGAGAAAGAAGUACGCCGUUGUGCUGGAACGAAAGAAGAAGGAACAAGAGUUACGCGAUAAAUUAAAUAACGCGGCGAGUGUGAUCCAAAUAUGGUGGCGCAGAAUCCAAUACAACCGCAUGGUCGAGUUGAAAAUGCAACAACUGACACACGCAACAAUCAUAAUACAGAAAUAUUUCCGUAGAUGGUUAUAUCGUAGUCGAUAUCAGAAAAUGAAAAGAAGUAUACAAAUAAUAGAAGAAUGGUAUUACGGUAUUAAAAAGAUAAGGCAAGCAAGAGAAAUUUUAAAAGCUCUUCAAAUGAUACAAGCAGAAAAAAGAUAUGAAGCGGCGAGAAAAAUACAAGCAUAUGUAAAAGGUUGGAUUUGCAGAAAACGUUAUCAAAAGACAGUGCAAAAAAUAGUAUUAAUACAAAGCACAAUCCGUUGCUUUAUUGAAAGGAAACAAUUUUUGCGUUUGAAGAAAUCUGUUUCUUAUAUUCAAGACAAGUAUAAAGGAAAGUUGCUAAUGAGAGAACAGAUGCGUUUGUUAGCUGUAAAAAUAAAAAGUAUUAUUAUAGUUCAAAGUUAUUAUAAAAUGGUAAAACAACGACGACAAUUUUUAGCUUACAAAAAAUCAGUGGCUAUAAUAGAAAAUCGUUAUAUUGCACUACUAAAAAUGAGAGAAGCAAGACACGACUAUUUGAUUUUAAAACAGACAGCCGUGAGGGUCCAAUCUGUAUUCAGAGCGAAAAAAUGUCGUUCAGAAUACAUUUAUUGUAGAAGUUUAGUUAUAAAUUUACAAAGAAGGGUAAAGGCAAGACAACAAAUGUUGAGAGAUAGAGAAACGUAUUUGAAAAUCAAAACUGCUGUGAGCACAAUUCAAAAGCACUUUAGGGCAUAUUUAAAAAUGAAGAAAGAGAGAUCCGCAUAUAUCUUGCAACGAAUUUCUGCUAUUAAAAUUCAAAAAUAUUACCUUUCAUACCGUAUUGCAAAAGAAAUGAGAACAAAAUAUUUACGUAUACGACAAUCGGUUAUUAAAAUACAGUUUUGGUACAGAAGUGUUAUGAAAAUGCAACAACAAAGAAAAGAAUAUCAGCAUCUCAGGAAUGCAGCUAUAAUUUUACAAAGACGUUAUCGAGCUCUUAUAUUGAUGAGAGUUUGUAAAAAUGACUUUGUAAAAUUACAAAAAGCUACUUUUGUUUUACAAACACGGUACAGAGCCAACAUACAAAUGCGUGAGGAACAAUUGAAGUAUCACAAAAUUAGAACCUCUUGUCUUGCUUUACAAAAACACAUUCGAGCAUAUUUAGCUAUGAAGAAGGAACGAGCGGCUUAUAUCUUGCAACGUAAUUCCAUUGUAAAAAUACAACAAUAUUUCCGUUUGUAUCAGAUCGCGAAAAAAGAAAAAAUUAACUACAUACAGUUACGCAAUUCAGUGAUUAAAAUACAAAUGUGGUAUAGAAGUGUCUUGGCAACACGCCGCUGUAGAAACCAAUUUACACAAAUUAAGAAUGCAGCUUUAAUUUUACAAAGACGUUAUCGAGCUCUUACUACAAUGAGAGUUUGUAAAAACGACUUUGUAAUAUUACGAAACGCAACAAUUGCUUUACAAACACAAUACAGAGCUAAAAAAGCAAGAACAAAUUAUGUAAAUUUACGAAAUUCGGUUAUAAAAAUACAGGCAUGGUACAGAAGUAUCAUAAAAAUGCGACAUGACAGAAAAGAAUUUGAACAGCUCAAGCAUGCAGCUAUAAUUUUACAAAGACGUUAUCGUGCUCUAAUGCUGAUGAGAGUUUGUAAAAAGGACUAUGAAAAAUUACAACACGCAACAAUUGUUUUACAAAAAAGAUACAGAGCUAAGAGGCAAAUGCGUGAAGAACGAUCGGAGUAUCUUAGAAUUAAAACAUCAUGUAUAAUCAUUCAAACACAAAUUCGAGCAUAUUUAACAAUGAAGAAAGAAAGGACGGCUUAUAUAUUACAAAGAAAUUCUGCUAUUACAAUUCAAAAAUAUUUCCGUUCAUACCAAAUUACAAAGACAAUGAAAAUGAAAUAUAUGCAUUUACGAAAUUCUGUUAUUAAAAUACAAAUUUGGUAUAGAAGUAUUAUGCAAAUGCGCGAACAAAAAAAGGAAUUUGAACAACUGAAAAAUGCAACUAUUACUUUGCAAAGACGCUAUCGAGCUGUUUUGUUGAUGAGAAUUUGUAAAAAUGAAUACAACAAAUUACUUAAAGCAACAAAUGUUAUACAAAUAUACUACAGAGCUAAAAUACAAAUGCGUAUAGAGAGAUCACUGUAUACAAAAUUGAAGACAUCUUGUGUAAUUAUUCAAAGACAUAUUCGAGCACAUUUAGCAAUGAAAAAGGAACGAAAUAAUUAUAUUAUGCAACGUAAUUCCGCAACAAAAAUACAAAGAUACUUCCGUUUGUACCAGAUUGCUAAGAAAGAAAGAACUCAAUAUUUAGAGUUACGAAGAUCUGUUAUCAAAAUACAGACGUGGUAUAGAAGUCUUUUGGAAAUGUAUCGCCAAAGAGAAAAUUACGAACAGCUCAGGAAAGCAACUGUAAUUUUACAAAGACGUUAUCGUGCUCUUAUGUUGAUGAGAGUUUGUAAAAAUGAAUACAGCAAAUUGCAAAAAGCAAUAAUUAUAAUACAAACACGAUACAGAGCUAAUUGUCAAAUGCGUAAAGAAAAAUCCAAAUAUGUCAAAUUAAGGUUGUCUUGUGUUACAAUUCAAGCUGCUUUAAGGGCGUACAUUAAAGGUAAACAGGAUAGACAGGCAUAUUUAAAACAAAAAGAAUCAGCUGUAAAAAUUCAAAAUUGGUACCGAUCUUGCAAGAAAAGUAGAGAAAUUGUACAUCAAUGCUAUACUGAAUAUUUAGACUACAGAAAGAAAGUAAAAAUAGUACAAUCCGUCAUCCUCAUGCACAUCCAACGUAAGCGAUAUUUGGAAAUAAAACAAGCUACAAUUACAAUACAACAACGUUAUAGAUUGUAUAAACUAACAACGUUACAACGACAACAAUACUUACAAAUUAGACAAAAUAUUAUAACAAUUCAAGCUCAUGUGAGAUGUUAUAUACAACGAAGACGUUUCUUAACAUUCCGAUCGGCUGUUCGAUUCCUUCAAGUCCUAUAUAGAUACAAGAAGCAAAAGGAACUCCUUAAACAACGAAAGGUAGCCGCUGCGAUAUGCUUGCAAAAGAAUAUAAGAUGCCAUCUUGCGAAAAAACGUUACAACAAUGUCAUUAAAUAUAUUAAAUUAAUUCAAGAAUUAUGGAAAGGAAAGCAAAUAACAAGAUCGAUACGUUCUGAGUUUUUGAAGAAACGACAAUCGGCGAUCAAAAUACAGGCUGUAAUACGAGGAUUUUUAGCACGAAAGAGGUUUGAAGUUGAAAAAGAAAUGUUGAUUAAACAGAAAGAGGAACAAAGGCGAAACUGGGCUGCUUCUAAAAUUCAGGCCCUUUUCCGCGGCCAUCGUGUCCGCGUGACUAACAAAGACUCGCAGGUUGAGGAGCUUCGCACCAGAUGGCGCGGUGGUGCGCUCGAGUCCAAACAGGAGUCGCUCAAGGAACGCAAUGAGGAGGCCAUGGAGCUCCUCCGCAACAUGUCCGACAUCGAAUCUAUCAUUCGAACUUUUAGGUCACUGGAAUUGUUAACAGAAGUUUAUCCAAUGAUGUACCACAAGAACGCAUCUUCGGUAGUAGGUCAUGUAUAUGUGUACAUGGCUUUCAUGAAUCGAUCCAUCUCCAGUAUCGAAGUACUGAAAUAUGCAGCUGCUGUGCUCGUCAAUUUAGCUAGAUACAAAGUCACUGGACCGAAAAUAUACAAAAGAGAUCGCAUUCCGCCGAUAUUAAAAUUCAUGUUGCGAUUCAGUAGCAGCGAAACUAAGCUGUUUUGUAUAUUUUCAACAUACUUAUGGAUAUUUUCGAAAUACGAAGCCAUAAAACAGGAUCUAUCAGAAUUUCUUCACAUACCCGAAAAUCAUAAAACACUGAUGACAAUAAAGAGUAAUGUUGACAGAAUGAAAAGAAUGACAAACAAUUCAAAACAUCGCUUCCAUACACCACAGCCGUUCAAAACGAUGCCGCGAAUUUAUAAUCAUCAUGGAGACAGUUUGAACCACAGCGUAGCUAACUCAAAUUGCACUGGCAGGUCAAAAAUCGUAUUACCCGCAUUAGAACCUGACUACGGUAUCACAAGAAUGGAGGCCCCACAAUACUUCGAAGAUUCCCAGCAAGCUAUCGAUUGCUUGAUAAAGACAUACAAUUUAUAACUUUUUAAUUUAAUUAAUUAUUGUUGUAAGACUAUAAAUGUUAGAUCUAAUAUAUUUCAUUAAUUAAUUUGUAGAUAAGUUUGUUUGCAUUAUGUAAUACGUUUAUUAAA